AUGGUAAAGGAAGCAGAACAGGAAAGAAGCAGUCUCGAAAAGGGAUAUGAGAACGGGAAAGAAGAACAAGGCGAAAAUGAAAAGGAAAAGACUCAAGAGGAAAGACAGAUAAUAUGCUGGGAUGAGGAAUCCAGGGAGGAAUAUAGAGAGAACACAGAGGAAAACGGUUGGCAUGACUCAUUGGAAUCAUCAGCUAUAAAAGAGAUUUGGAUUUCGCUAAAGGAUACGAUUCUGAGUUCAAUGAUGAUUCAAAAAAGGGAAGAAGAGGAAAAAGAAAAUAGGAUACAAGGACUGGUGGAACAGAAGCUGCACGAAGAAAAAAAGGGAAAUAAAGAGAGAGGUGAAGAAUUGAAAGAAGGAAACAAUAAAGUUGUAAACAAAGAAAAUCAUAUUGAUACAGAUAACAGAAACGUUGAAAAUGAAAAGGAAGAGAAACAGGAAGUGGAACAGGAACUGGAAGAAGAGGAAAUUUUAAGGGCAAUUAGGAAGAUGAAAUUAAAAAAAGCGACUGGAAUCGACGGGAUACCAAUGGAAGCCUGGAUAUACGGAGGUAAAGUAAUUGAAAAAGGACUGGUCACCUUGUUAAGAAGAAUUUGGAAGGAAGGGGUUAUACCAGAGGACUGGAGAAAGGGACUGAUUGUACCACUUUAUAAGCGAGGGGAUACAGAGAGUGUAGAAAACUACGGUGGGAUCUCACUUUUAUGUACGGCAUACAAGAUAUAUACAGAAAGAAUAAGAAACAGAAUGGAUAAGGAGGUAGAAGAAAAAGGCAUGUUAUCAGAAAGUCAGGCAGCGUUUGACAACGUGGACAGAGAAAGGUUGUGGAAUAUAUUAACGAAUAAAGGAUUGAACAAGGACUUGAUAUGGAGAAUUAGGAAGAUAUAUGAAGACACUGAAGCGACAGUCAGAACAAUGGAUGGAGUAACCAAAAGCUUUAACAUAGGGAAAGGUGUAAGGCAAGGGUGCGUACUGAGUCCUAUUCUCUUCAACUUAUAUAUUGCGGACUAG